AUGGGUGCUUCGCUGCAUGCUCUGACCUCAGAGCCCGUCAGGCUCGAUGCGCCCUCGAUUGCUGCUCUCGAUGAUAAAACAAAGCGCGGGGGCACCAUAACCUCCUCAUCGCCCAUGCGUCUUCGCAUGGAAAAGCUUAUAAAGGACCACCAGAAGAAAAUCGUAGAUGAGCUGUCGCGCAUAGACGGGAAGAACUUCAUCGUUGACGAAUGGAACCGACCCAAUGGUGGUGGUGGUAUCUCCUGCGUCCUUCAAGAUGGCAACGUCUUUGAAAAAGCUGGCGUCAAUGUCUCCGUCGUAUACGGCCAAUUACCACGCCCGGCCAUUGAGAAGAUGCGCGCGGACCAUAAAUCGUUCGUCGCUACGGACGUGGACUCGCUAGACUUUUUUGCUGCCGGGCUCUCUCUAGUCCUACACCCCAAAAAUCCAAUGGCUCCGACAGUCCACCUAAACUACCGCUACUUCGAAACUUCAGACCCCAAAGAUCCCAUCCACGGACCGAAGAACUGGUGGUUCGGCGGAGGCACAGACCUAACCCCAUCAUACAUCUUCCCCGAAGACUGCAAGCACUUCCACCAAACAAUCAAAGACGUCUGCGACAAACAUGACCCCAGCUACUACCCCAAAUUCAAAAAAUGGUGCGACGACUACUUCUACAUCCCGCACCGCCAUGAAGCCCGCGGCAUCGGCGGGAUCUUCUUCGACGACCUUGACGCUGAAUUUCUGGCCCACUCCACCUCCCACUCCUCGACAAAUCCACAAGAGACCCUCUUCGCGUUCGUUUCUGACGCCCUCGCCUCAUUCUUGCCGUCUUACGUUCCCAUCGUCGAACGCAGGAAGGACAUGCCGUUCACCCAAGCUGAGAAGGACUGGCAGCAGCUACGUCGCGGGCGCUACGUCGAGUUUAAUCUUGUGUAUGACCGCGGGACCAGCUUCGGGCUGCGUACCCCGAGCGCGAGGGUGGAAAGUAUCUUGAUGAGUCUUCCCAGAACGGCGGAGUGGGUGUACAUGGAUCCAAUCUCUGGGACGAGGAUGGGUGAGGAGAAGAAGGUUGUUGGGGAGGAAGUCGGCGGCGAGGAGAAGAAGAGGGAGAGAGAGCUGAUGGAUGUCUUGAAGUAUCCCCGGGAAUGGGUGUGA